CGCUUGAUUCGGCAGUGAAGUUUUGGCAGCGCUCGCGCGUUCGCCAGGCUUCAUAUAAAUACCGGCGAGUGUAGGGCGAGUCCGGCCAGAGAGAGAUGACUGGUGAAGAGCUAUGCUUGAGAUCCCCUGGUCUGGUCCGAUUUUUCCCUUAGUUGUCUUCUGUAAAUUUGAACCUGUUCCAGCACAUUGUCAGGACGCAGUAGAAGUCGGAAGAGUUCGGCAAGAACUUCGCUAGCCUCCGUCCCAGUUAGUCUCAAUCCGCAGUAACGCUCACUGCUUUGUCCCGGUCUGAACAUGCCGCCGGUAGAGCAGGGUCAGAUUAAAGCUCGGAUAAAGGAGCUCAUCGACACCAAAGGUGUUGUUAUUUUCAGCAAAAGCUACUGUCCCUACUGUAAAAAGGUGAAGGAGCUCUUUGCUGAAUUGAAUGUGACAUAUGAAGUCCUAGAGCUGGAUCUGAUUGAGAAUGGUUCUAACUACCAGGAUGUGCUGGUGGAGAUGACUGGACAGAAAACUGUCCCCAAUGUUUUUGUCAACAAGACACACAUAGGAGGCUGCGAUAAGACCAUGCAGGCAUAUAAAGAUGGUCUCCUACAUCAGCUGCUGGGAGUGGAGAGCACGACAUACGACUAUGACCUUAUUGUGAUAGGAGGUGGAUCUGGAGGUCUGGCCUGCUCAAAGGAAGCAGCUGCCUUGGGGAAGAAGGCCAUGGUUCUAGAUUAUGUUGUCCCCACACCUUUGGGCACAUCUUGGGGUCUUGGUGGCACAUGUGUAAACGUGGGCUGUAUUCCUAAGAAGCUGAUGCAUCAAACUGCCCUAUUGCGAAGUUCUCUGGAGGAUGCUCGCAAAUUUGGCUGGGAGUUUAGUGAAGCAGUAAAUCAUAACUGGGAAACGAUGAAGAGUGCCGUGAACAACUACAUCGGCUCCUUGAACUGGGGCUACAGAGUGUCUUUACGUGAUAAGAAUGUCAACUAUGUGAAUGCUUAUGGAGAGUUUGUGGAACCACACAAAAUAAAGGCCACAAACAAGCGAGGCAAAGAGAUGUUCUACACUGCAGCAAAGUUUAUUCUGGCAACAGGAGAGCGUCCACGCUACCUUGGCAUCCCUGGAGACAAAGAAUACUGCAUCACCAGUGAUGAUCUGUUCUAUUUGCCCUACUGUCCUGGUAAGACACUAGUGAUUGGAGCAUCAUACGUGGCACUGGAAUGUGGAGGAUUUCUGGCAGGUCUGGGGCUUGAUGUCACGAUAAUGGUGCGCUCCAUUCUGCUAAGAGGCUUUGACCAGGACAUGGCCAAUCGUGCAGGGGACCAUAUGGAGACACACGGGGUCAAAUUCCUCAGGCAGUAUGUCCCUGUUAAGGUAGAGCAGCUUGAGGCUGGUACUCCAGGCAGAUUGAAAGUGACUGCCAAGUCUACAGAGACUGAUGAGAUCAUUGAAGGAGAGUACAACACUGUACUGAUAGCUGUGGGUCGUGAUGCUUGUACAGGAAAUAUAGGUCUAGACAAAGUUGGGGUGAUGGUCAACCCAAAUACUGGGAAGAUCCCAGUAAAUGACGAAGAGCAGACCAACAUUCCACACAUUUAUGCUAUCGGGGACAUUCUGGAGGGCAAGUGGGAGCUGACUCCUGUGGCUAUUCAGGCUGGAAAACUGUUGGCUCGUAGACUGUUUGGAGGUUCCACUGUCAAGUGUGACUAUGUGAAUGUUCCUACCACGGUGUUCACACCUCUGGAGUAUGGCAGUUGUGGCCUAUCUGAGGAAAAGGCUAUAGAGCGUUAUGGAGAGGAAAACCUAGAGAUUUUUCACAGUCUGUUUUGGCCUUUGGAGUACACCAUACCUAACCGGGACAACAACAGGUGCUAUGCCAAGAUCAUCUGCAACAAGUUGGACGAUAACCGCGUCAUUGGUUUUCACUACUUGGGCCCUAACGCUGGAGAGGUGACGCAGGGCUUUGGUGUAGCCAUGAAGUGUGGGGUCACUAAGGAGCAGCUAGACAGCACCAUUGGGAUACACCCUACCUGUGCUGAGAUUUUCACCACCAUGGCAGUAACCAAGAGGUCAGGGGGUGACAUCAAACAAGCAGGUUGCUGAGGUUAAACCCUGCUUGUUUAAUAGGCUGUCCUAAAACCAUAUGAACUGGUCCAUCCUUUAAGCAGUUUCUCCGAAUUUCAACUUUGCAUUCAAAUAAGCUUUUCCACUAGAUUUUUAGCUUUUGAGCUCCACUCCUGCCUAAACCAACUGUCCAAAGAGGUGAUCAACCACAAAGCAAUAAAAGAUGGAAUUGGAUAUAAUGCUCAAGUUAGUCUAAAAUGAUUUGUAGAGUUUAAAUUUUAUAAAAAAAACAAACUUGGGUUAGCUAUGGUCUUGGGGAUCUAGGUUUGUAAAUGUUCUUUAAAUGUAACUACUAGAUAAAACUUGGAGCUCCUAUGGUUUCUCAGUAGGAGUGAGUGGUUUUCAGUGGUUGCAUUUUAAGAAGUUCUCAGACUGUGGUCCCUUAGGACUGAGCUGAACCUGCUGCAGAAGAGAGAAGCUGGAGAAGCUCAUUUUGUAGGACAGCCUGUUAAACAGCGGGGUUACUCUGCUGCUUUAAAUCCUCCAAGCCGAAGUCAGAAUUGCACUGGGAAAGGAACGCAUGCUGUUUUGCGCUCACACUUCAAAGUGCUUUGUGAUGUUUUAGCCCUUAACCUAAAUUCUGAGGUGGGCUAAGACUGAUAAUGUUCUGUGCCUAGACUUAAGAGGUAAACACACUUUCUUGUACAAACGCAUACACUCUAGUCCAGCAACCUCAGCUCCAGGCUCACAAGUUAAGCUUGGGGUUAUUGAUUUCCCAAAAAUAUUGCAGUGCUGCACAAUCAUGACUGUUAGAACUGGGUCUCAGUACAUGUGAUGAAUAAAUGUAAAAGCCAGAUAGAAUAAUUAUAAUGAUUUUAAUCUAUCAUGGCCUAAGACAAUUACAUCCAUUAUUGUUAAACAUUUUUGUUAAACAUUAAAGCAUUUUGGGUACUCAGGCCAGAUUUCUUUCAUGGUAGUGGUUUGUGGGCUACAUUGUUUGUCUUCUAUUUUUCCAUUCUUUUGUUUUUAACCAACAUUCCCUCUAUGUAUUAUUUAAUGAUAAGUUGGUUUGUUCUUUUUAUUUUUAUUUCAGUCAAAGUCAUGGUCUUGAUAAAGCUCAAAAGUGAACUGGCAAAUAGUUUGGCAAAUUAUCUGGUUUUAUUAAAUAUAAUUAAAUGGAAAUACUUGUAUAGAUGUAAUUCUCAUCCCUGGUUUUGACUUGGAAGCACUUAUACAUCUUACUAUUUAAUAGUUAACAUCAUACCUUUUUUGUCUUUUAGUUUCUCACUGUUUCUGAAUAUAUAGACAUGCUGGUUGCUGUGGACUUUAUUACAUGUAAAAUCCUGCUGAUGUGUUGUUACUUAGCAACAAUGCCUGAUAAAUGUACAAACUUGUGUUUCCAUAGUAUCAUUGUUUUCAAAGUAAUUAAAAGAACUUUAAUAAAGCUAUGUACACUGAA